AUGACGAAAAAUGUUGAUACAGAUAGUAUUUGUAAUCGAGUUGAACGACUUAUUCAUGAAUUUGAACAAUCACGUGAUACCGAUUCGACUGAAAUCGGUCGGCAAUUUGCUCAAUUACAACGAAUAAUGGCCGAUACGAGAGAUAAUUGUCCUAGUAUUGAAGGUGCAAAACCUAUGAAUCGUUUAAAAAAUCGUUAUAAAGAUGUUUUACCAUAUGAUAAACAUCGAGUCACCCUUGAAUAUGAAAAUGAUUCUGAUUAUAUUAAUGCAUCAUUUAUUGAAGAUUUUCAUGGUAAUCGUCGAUAUAUUGCGGCUCAAGGACCUAUUGAUGAUUCCGUCACUGAUUUUCUUCAGAUGAUAUGGGAAUAUCAAAUAACAUCUGUUAUAUGUACAGCAAAUGAAAUAGAAGCUGGACGUUUUAAAUUUCGUCGUUAUUGGCCAGAUGAAGAAAAAUCAAUUCAAUUUGGUCGCUUUCGUGUUAGCAAAGAUGAAACAAGUGAUAAAGCAUUCACUUGUGAAUAUUACAAAAUUCGACCAUUAAUAAUAUCACAAGGUGAAAAUCGACGACAUAUAUUACUCUAUCAUUUUUUAUAUUGGCUUGAUCAUGAUGUACCUGAUGAUGAAUCACCGAUACUUGAGUUACUUCUAAGAUUAUAUGAUGAUCGACAUCUAUCACCUGAUACACCAAUUCUUGUACAUUGCAGCGCUGGUUGUGGUCGAACUGGAAGUAUUAUUGCUAUUGAUCUUUGCCGUUUAUUACUACGUGAUGAACAUUUAUUUCUCAGUAAAAGUUAUCAAAUAAAUCCCAUCUAUGAAAUAGCUUCACAUAUUCGUCAGUUUCGUAUCGCAUUAAUUCAAACAGUUAAACAAUAUUUAUUUGUGCAUAAAAUGUUUGUCUUUAUAAUAAAAUCGAAUAACAAUAUUGCAUUACAUUCAUUAGCAAAUAACGAUGAAAAUCAAGCAUUACAUUCAUCAUUAUCUUCGAUGAAAUCAUCAUCUCCGUCCAGUAUUUCAUCUUCUUCACGUCGUUCAUCAGGACAUGCUUCAAUACAAUUACGUAAUCCACCUGUUGGUCGUCGUGUAAAGAUUAAUACUAAUACUAGUAACAAACCGUCUCCAUUAUUGUUAUUAUCAGAUUUUUAUUUACCACUACCACAAACAACAGCAAUCGAGAAUAAAUCUGAACAACCACCACCUAUUCCACCUCGUUCUUCAUUAUUGAAUACAACGAAUAAACAUAUUGAAGGUCAAUUUGUUCGUCCAGGUGAAACACCUAUUAAAGCUAAACGUACGAUAUUUCGAUCAAGAAAUGUUAAACGUCGAGAACCAACAGUAACCACAACUACAGCAACAUUAAAAUCAGUACGAUCAGAUUCAGCUGAUCCUCUUUCAGAUCCAUCAUCAAGACAUCAUCAACGAAAUUCAACUUAUCGACAUCAGAUUAUAGAUGAGCAAGGAACUAAUUCAGAUUAA